CAUUUUACUGUAUAUAUAGAUUCCAGCUUCCCAGGUUGGACUUUUCUCAAAGAUUAAUCUGCAGUAUACCCUGCAAGACACUUCCCACUUUCGAGUCGUCUUCGCUUUCAUUCUGCCCGAGGUCGCACCCUCGUCAGCCUAGCAACAUAUACGAAUCAAUGUAAUCACAAACAUCUCCGCACUCAAAGUACUUUCACAGAAACCAGCGAUAGCUCAACUAGGGCGCAGGCGCUUUGAAAAUCCUCUUAGCAACAUAUACAGUAUUACCAUCUCAUAAACAAAUGCCGAAAACAGAUGUCCUAAUAGCCGGAUCCGGCAGCGCCGGCAUCUUUGCAGCGACCUGGUUAGCGAUUUACGACAUUCCCUUCACGAUUCUAGAAUGCCGAUCCGGUCCUUUGGAGAUAGGGCAAGCAGACGGCGUGCAAUGUCGGACAGUGGAAAUUUACGAAUCCUUCGGGCUAAGCGAAGAACUCAUCAGGGAAGCGUAUCACAUUCUAGAAGUGUGUUUCUGGGGCAUUGAUGAAGACGGUGACGGGCAAGAGAAGAGAGGCAUCAAACGAAAGAGUAGAGCUAUUGAUACUGAGAAAGGCCUGAGUCACUUACCACAUGUAAUCCUGAAUCAAGCACGGAUGAACGGACUCAUGUUAGGCAAGAUGGAGACUAUUCUAAAAGAGAAAGGGAAGUGGGAAGAAGGCAAGGCAAAUGGUAUUGAGUAUGGCUGGACGGUCAAGGGGUUGGAGAUCGAUGAAACGAACAAAGAUGAUCCAAAUGCACAUUGCGUGAGAGUAACAGCCGAAAAGGACGGUGAGGAAGAGACUUGGGAGGCGAAAUAUGUUUUGGGUUGCGACGGUGCACACUCCACCAUCCGACGCUCUCUAAACUACCGCAUGAUCGGCGACACGAGUGACACCGUCUGGGGCGUAAUGGACAUCUACCCGCUCACCACCUUUCCCGACAUCAGGCGCAAAUGCACUAUCCACUCCUCCGUAGGCAACCUGCUCAUCAUCCCGCGAGAAGGCGGUCAUCUCGUAAGGCUCUACAUCCAACUUCCCCAGGGCGUUCAUCCGAAAGAAGUUACACUGGAGGACUUGCAAGCGCAAGCAAGGGCGAUCUUUUCCCCUUAUGCAAUGGAGUUUGCGGGUGUUUUCUGGUGGUCGGCGUACUCGAUUGGGCAGCGCCUUGCAGAGAAGUUCGAGAAAGACUCUCGUGUGUUUCUGACGGGUGAUGCAUGUCACACCCAUAGCCCAAAAGCGGGUCAAGGUAUGAAUUGCAGUCUACAGGAUGGGUACAAUUUGGGCUGGAAACUCGGAUCCGUAUUACGCGGCUUGUCUCCUCCUUCACUCCUUACUACGUACGUCUCGGAGCGCAGCAAGACAGCUGCGGAUCUGAUUUCGUUUGACAAAGAGCUGGCAAAAAUGUUUAGUAGGAAGGAGGAACAUCCGGGGGAGUUUGCGGAUUACUUUGUCAAGAGUGGACGGUAUAUGGCGGGGUUCACAGCGAGGUAUGGAGCCUCCGAAGUGACCAGUGUGGCAGAAAGCACACCACAGGUCGCCACAGGCAUCACGGUCGGCAUGCGCUUCCCUUCUGCGCAGGUCAUACGGUUCUGCGACUGCAAGGCGGUACAGCUCCAGCGCGUUCUUCAGAGCAAUGGAAGAUGGAGGGUUGUAGUGUUCGCUGGUGACAUCAACGAGGUGCUGCACCGAGAUAGACUCAACGAGCUAGCUGAUUAUCUAGAAGUCAUCGUCCAGCGAUUCACACCAGCGACGGAUGACAUCGAUAGCUUGAUCGAGCCCCUACUAGUGCUAAACAGCAAGUUCCUAGAGACAGAACAAGAGCAAAUACCUGGUUACUUCUGGCCUUCCAGCGGGAAGUGGGGGAUCAGAGACCUGCACAAGACAUACAUCGACGAUGAACACUACAACUCAGGGCAUGGACAUGCGCAUGAGAAAUACGGUGUCGACCCAAGUGCGGGUGCAGUGGUAAUCGUUAGACCGGAUCAAUAUGUAUCGAAGGUGACUACGUUAGACGACUUCGAGGGCGUGGAGAGGUUCUUCGAGUGCUGUAUGAUCGAGCAACGGACUGAGAGAAGUAGUAUCGUGAAGCAGUAACGUGGAGGACUUGUUGCAUUUCUAUGAUUGAAAGUAAAGUCGACGCUAGAGCGGAUUAUACCACGCAAUAAGAAAAAUUAGUAUAAAAAUUACAGUUUAGGUACUAUACCCAGCACCUUAAUAUAGUAUUAAGGCAGUAAAAUUUAUACAAUACUAGG